CGCCGCUCUCCUCACCCGCCGCCGCCGUUCCUCGCCGCCGAUCCUUCCCGUCGUCCUUCCCCCCCACACCAUCUCCACCCCCCCAUCCCUCCGGUUCUUCUCCGGUUCUUCUCGAGGCUCCCGGGGCGAUCGUGAAUCGUAGGACCUACAGAAACCCACCAUGGGCCGCUCCUCCAAGGACAAGCGUGACAUCUACUACCGGCUGGCCAAGGAGGAGGGCUGGCGUGCCCGCAGCGCCUUCAAGCUGCUCCAGCUCGACCAGCGUUUCCAGCUCUUUCAGGGUACUGGGAGUGACUGGGAGGGGGGUGGGGGGGCAUCCAGGUGCCUGGCCCUGUCCCAGCUCUCGGGACCCUCCCGGGUGAUCGUCCCCUUCGUGGCUUGUGGGGACCUGAGCGCCUACGACCCCGACCGCACCUACCCCCUGCAGCUGGACCCAGAGAAGCCCUACAGCUAUGUGCCCCCCCCCGCACCCCCCAUCGCCCCCCCCUACGCCCAGGCGUGCUUCCUGCGCCGCCACCACCAGCUGGCGAGCGUGCGAGGGCCCUCGUGCGAGGGGGGGGCUGUGCGAGGGGCCUCGUGCGAGGAGGAGGAGGGGGAAGGAGCCUCAUGCGAGGAGCUGGAGCUGCAAGACCCUGGCGUGGGGACCCCCUCGUGCGAGGGGAGGGGUGUGCAAGGACCCUCGUGCGAGGGGAGGGGUGUGCGAGGACCCUCGUGCGAGGAAGGAGCCUCGUGUGAGAUGGUGGGCGUGCAAGGAUGGCUGUGGGAGGAGGAAGGAGCCUCGUGCAAGGAGAUGAGUGUGCAAGGACCCUCAUGCGAGGAAGGACCCUGGUGCAAGGAAGGAGCCUCGUGUGACGAGAUGAGUGUGCAAGGACUCUCACGUGAGGAAGGACGACCCUGGUGCAAGGAGGGAGCUUUGUGUGAGAUGAGCAUGCAAGGACUCUCGUGCGAGGAGGAGGAAGGACCCUUGUGCGAGGACCUGUGUCAGCUCAACCUCUUGGGUUGAGAAACGUGUGCAAGGACCCUCGUGGGCGUGCAAGGACCCUCGUGUGAGAAGGAGAACGGACCCUUGUGCAAGGACCUGUGUCAGCUCAGCCUCUUGGGCCGAGAAAC